UGGAAACUUAAGUUUUCUGCAGCACCAAUACAAAACCCAUCCGCAGAUGUUGAACACACACUGCCUUAAAGUCUUCACUCACACCUAUGGUUAAAUUCUCACACACACAUCACUAACACACCUACACUGCGGUCAGCCGGGAUGCAUUGCUCACGACAGCUAUGGAUACUGGGAGUGUGGACCAUUUUUUUCUUAUUAAUACACAAAGUGUACUGUUCACUCCCAUCUCCUCAAAAUGUAACCAUCACCUCAUUUAAUCUGGAGCACAAGCUCACGUGGACACCAGGUCCCGGCACUGCGGCCUUCACACACUUCAGAGUGCAGAGCUAUAAUCAGAAGAGGAAGCAGUGGAGUUUAUUAAAGAGUUGUUCUGACUUACAAAUUGGUGAGUCGUGUGAUUUGACAGAAUCUUUCAAGGAAGCUUUUGGUCUUUAUCAAGCCCGGGUUCAAGCAUUCGAUCAGGACAAAGAAUCCAACUGGACCACAUCGAAAAUCUUUACUCCGCUGUUGGACACGACUCUGGGACCUCCACUUGUGUCACUAACCGGCUGUGGGAACUGCCUCAUCUUGAAACUCAGUCCACCAGCCAUUUUGGACUUUUAUCAAGAUUACACCAUCAAUGUAUCCAGGACUAGAGACAAGGCAGAGUUUGUUAUGAAAGCCUCCAGUGGAGAGACUCUGAUCAACUACCUAGAACCGGGAGUGGAGUACUGCAUCACAGCUACUGCAGUAAAAAGAUUUAAAAACCCUGCCAUUUCUUCUGAACCUCAGUGUGCCUACACCAGUUCACAGCCUCUCAACACAGUGGGCAUCUUUUUGAGUGUUCUGUGUGCAGUCUUCCUCUUGGUGUUGCUUCUCUGUACAUGUCUGAUCUACUCCGGGAAGCUGAGUAACCUCCACACACCACCUCAGCAAGCUUUAAUGAGUUUCUUACUUUUGCUGGACCGAAGGUGAGAAACUUAAGAAGAAUCUUCACGUUCUUCUGCUCAACACCAGAACAAAGCAGGAUCAGUGAAGAGUGCAUGCAUCUUUAUACAUCUUAUCAAUGCAUUAUUAAUAUUACUUACUUGUUUAUAAAGGAAUAAUCAUACAAUUAUUUUUGGUUUGUUUUAAUGUUAAUAAUGUUUCAGAGCAGUUUCAGAGUCUUGGUGGCUUUAGCAGUGACUUUUCAUAAGUAAUCGCUCUCAGACAGAGGACAGUAUGACAAUGACAAUGAUGCAUACUGGAAUUGCUCUCAGAUUGACAGUGUCACAGGGUCUUCAGUGAUUUUUAAAAUUUCUACAAUGACCACAGAUGGAUAAAUGUGUCUGUGGGAAAGUCAUUUUUCUGAUUAAGGAACAAACCUGUUAAAUUAGAACAAAAUGGUUGUUAUGUUGGUCAGGGUAAGACAGCUUUUAACUAGUAGCCUAAAAUCCCAAAAUGGCAAAUCAUGACUAAAUCUCUUAUAUUUAAUGUUAAUAUUUUUUAAAGACAGGAUGUAAGAGCACAUCCUCUUAGGCCCAAACUACAAUUUGGCACACAUUAUUAAUUAUUAUACCAGCAAUUAUUAUAAUACUAGUUAUAUAUCGACUGCAUUAACUUAUUUAAGUGUUUCCAGAGUUUUUUAUUUUUACAAACUGCUUGUUGUUUUAGAUUAUUUUUGAGCAGAAGUGAAGUAUGUUAUGGAUAUAACUGGUAUGGCCUCUGUAUCCCUUCUCUUUUAUUAUUCUCUUGUGUUAUUUUGAUGUAUUAUGUAUGUUUUAAUGUGUGAAAUUGUUCUUUUCUGUGCUGCUGUCUUGACUGGGACUCCCUGUAAGAAGACUCCCUGUCACUCAGAAAAAAUAAAUUUUCAACUCAGGUUGAACUCAGGUCA